ACCGAGUUCAAAGAUAUAAGUGAGCUGCCAGCAGCUAUGGAGUAAAUUAUCUGCAGGACAGGACAAGUAUCAGACAUCACAGAAACAUGUUAUGGACAAUUUUCCUCCUGCUCAAUGGACUGCUUAUACUAAUUCUCCUUUACUCUACUCGCACAAGACAGAGUAAUGAGCCGCCUCUGGACAAAGGUUGGAUUCCAUGGUUGGGGCACGCUCUUGAAUUUGGAAAAGAUGCUGCAAAGUUUUUGGCCAGGAUGAAAGAAAAACACGGUGAUAUCUUCACAGUCCGUGUUGCUGGUAAUUACGUGACGGUGCUAUUGGACGCCAACUCUUUUGAUGCCGUGCUGAAUGACACAAUCUUCUUGGACAUCUCCCGCCACAGAAACCAGAUCCUAAAAAGAACCUUCAAUCUGCAGAUGCCGAGCAUCAAACCUGCAGAAGAGAGGAAAUGGAUGGAACAGCAUUUUCAAGGUCUCAGUCUCUCCAAGCUCUGCACUUCCAUGAACACUCACAUUCAGAACCUGCUGCUGAGUGACCAGAAAGACUUCGGCCCUUCCGAGUGGAGACAGGAUGGACUCUUUAGUUUUUGCUACAGCCUACUGUUCAGGGCCGGGUAUCUUACAUUGUUCGAGAGGAGAGACAACAUGACUGUAGUCUACAAAGAGUUUCGCAAGUUUGAUGGCCUUCUUACCAAACUGGCCCGGGGCACAAUAAGAGGAGAAGAAAGCAAAACAGCCAACCUGUCCCGGGAGCGACUGCGGGAACUGCUGUCCCCAAACUUGCUGAGCAGAGGAUCUGAGUCAGAGUCCUGGCAGCAGAGCUACUACCGGUUCUUGCAGAAGGAGGAAGUUGAUACAGAAAUGCAAAAUAGAGCCCUACUCUUGCAACUGUGGACCACACAGUGUAAUGCUGGACCUGCUGCUUUUUGGUUUCUUGGCUUCCUGCUCACUCACCCUGAGGCCAUGAAGGCUCUUAAAUCAGAAUUCAGAAACCUUACUCUUCAGGACACUUCCCUACAGCAUCACCCCAUCAACAUGCUGGAAGCACACAGCACCCCUGUUUUUGAUAGCGCUCUGAAAGAGACUCUACGGCACACCGCUGCGGUAAUGAUCGGCAGAGAGGUGGUGCAGGACAAGGUCCUGCGCAUGGCCAAUGGACAGGAGUAUCAUCUCAGACAAGGGGACAGAGUGUGUCUGUUCCCCUUUGUCAGCCCUCAGAUGGACCCAGAAAUACACCAAGACCCACAGACUUUCAAGUAUGAUCGCUUCUUAAACGACGAUAUGACAGUGAAGGAUAAAUUCUACAAGGAUGGAAUAAGGGUGAAGUACCACACCAUGCCCUGGGGUGCAGGAAGUAACAUGUGCGUUGGGAAAGAGUUUGCUGUUUCAGCCAUUAAACAAUUUGUGUUCUUGCUCUUGACCUAUCUCGAUCUGGAGAUGUGCGACCCAGAGGCUAAACUGCCACCGAUUAAUCACAGUCGCUACGGCUUUGGGGUGCUCCAGCCUGAUGGAGAUCUGCAGAUCCGAUACAGACUGAAGAGGACGCAACACGCAAUGUGACUUGAACUGUAAAAAGUGACUGAAAAAACUGUUUUUGUAGAAGAAUUGUAGCACUAUGCACUAUGUAGAUGUAUUAUAUUAUAUUUGCUUUGACACACAUAUAUCUCAUAUAUAUAUAUACAAUAUUUAAAUUGUUGUUUGUUGUUAAUAUUAUCAAUAAA